AUGCCGCGCCAGAACUCAUUUAACGACGCCUUCAGUUCACACAACGACGACAACAAGUCACCAAACGACGCCAACAACUCACCAGACGACGCCUACACCUCACCAGACGACGCCUACAACUCACCAAACGACGCCUACACCUCACCAGACGACGCCUACACCUCACCAAACGACGCCAACAACUCACCAAACGACGCCUACACCUCACCAGACGACGCCUACAACUCACCAAACGACGCUUACACCUCACAAGACGACGCCUACACCUCACCAGACGACGCCUACAUCUCACCAGACGAUGCCUACAACUCACCAGACGACGCCUACAACUCACCAGACGACGCCUAUAACUCACCAGACGACGCCUACAACUCACCAGACGACGCCUACACCUCACCAAACGACGCGAACAACUCACCAAACGACGCCAACAACACACCAAACGACGCCUACAACUCAACAGACGACGCCUACAACUCACCAAACGACGACUACACCUCACCAGACGACGCCUACACCUCACCAGACGACGCCUACAACUCACCAGACGACGCCUACAACUCACCAGACGACGCCUACAACUCACCAAACGACGCCUACACCUCACCAGACGACGCCUACACCUCACCAAACGACGCCAACAACUCACCAAACGACGCCUACUCCUCACCAGACGACGCCUACAACUCACCAAACGACGCCUACACCUCACCAGACGACGCCUACAACUCACCAGACGACGCCUACAACUCACCAGACGACGCCUACAACUCACCAGACGACGCCUACAACUCACCAGACGACGCCUACAACUCACCAGACGACGCUUACAACUGAAGAGACGACGACGGCAACUGAAUUGAAGAUGCCUAUACUUCUACCAACCACGUCUACAACUCAUCAAAUAACGUCAACAGAUGCCAGUUAUUUAGCUACUACUACAAUAACGAGGUCGACAAUAAGCGCGACGAGCGUUUCAGGUUGCAUCGACCUCAACGUUUCCCAACACUGGGAUAUUAUCGGACCCAAUAUUCAACAUAUUAAAGUUCUGCCCAGUCCCGAUCACGCGCUGGUCUACUGUCAACCUGGCUUUAGGGCGUUUUUGGCUAACAAACACGCAUAUGCAGAUCACUUUCAAAUCACUUGCAGCGAUGGCGCUUGGAAGUCCCACUCCGUUUGUCAGAAUAUAGAUGCAGUGCAUCUGAUUGGAUAGCAACUCCUCUGCAACUUGAGGAUUGGAGCUUUGCGGAAGCAGAUUUAUGGACUAUUAUAUAAUAUUUCAACAUAGUGUUGAUGGUACACAGUUUGAUUAAAUACCUUAAAACAGUU